AUGGAAACACACAAUAUGAGAUUACGUCUGACUGAGAGAAUAGCUUUGGUAUCUGACGAGGUGUUCCAGCCAGAAGCCGUGUGGAAACUCCUGGACAUUCAGAUAAUUUGUGCGACUAUUGAGUUUUCAACAGCAACUGUGACACUUGCUGAUGCUGAUGGCAAAGAGCAUUGCGCUUGUUCUAGGGGAACUUGCCCUGUCAAAUCAGCUUUUAAGGCAGUUGAUCUUAUUGUUAAGGAACCGACGACUUUGCUUGAGUACUCAAUGGAUACAGCAACAGAAGGCACUGAUGCCAUUGCAACCACACGAGUUCUUGUCCGUGGAAACGCUUUAACUGGUGAAGAAGUUCAAAGAAACUUCUGUGGAACCGGAGCGAGAAUGAACGUUGUAGUGUCGGCGGUCGAGGCUUAUAUGGAAGCUCUGAACAAAAUGCUCGACUUCAAAGAAAAGUUCCUUCUCGAAACAUCAAAGUCCCUGCCUGAACGAAAAUCUUUGUGUGAGAGACCAAAGUUAGUUAUCUUUCUAGGUAUAUAGUGUUUGGCAGUAACUCAGUGUUCAAAGUUUGUAUGUAGUUUAUUUGAAACACUUGUUACUAUAAAAAACUUAAACGAAGAAAAUUAUGUAAUUGUGCAAAUACAAUGGCUCUCUGUACUCAUAGCUCUUCUUCAAAACC